AUGGUCACUGUCAAUGCUAAACAAUGGGUAUUGAAAACUGAGACUGCCCCAGGAACGCCUUUUAAUUUUGACUUCAAAAGUUCUGAUUCAACAUUCGAACUUGUAUCAAAGACGAUAAAUUCUGAUGAAUUGAUUGAGGGAGAUAUUUUAUUAGAAACUUUGUACGUUUCUAAUGAUCCCGCUCAGAAAUUCUGGAUUAUCACUGCUGACAAGAACUAUGCUGCAGGCACUCAAGUUGGUGAGUUAAUCCCAGCAAGAGGUAUUGGUAAAGUCAUUGCAUCCAAAAAUAGUGCCCUCAAAGUAGGUCAACUCGUUAGUGCAAAUAUUCGUUGGACAACUCAUAAUGUGAUAUCAGCAAAGGAAGCAAACGAAUUGAAAGUAUUAUCAAGGGAAAAUGUUGGUGAAUUGUGGUGGUAUUUAUCUAUUCUUGGUGGCACUGCCCUAACUGCCUAUUUUAUUUUCUAUAAAUAUGCAGAGUUGAGAGAAAGAAAAGAGGAUUUUGGUAAAGUAUUUUUGAUUUCCGGUGCAGCUGGUGCUGUUGGUUCUGUAUCCGUACAAUUAGCAGUAAAUGUAUUCAAAGCAUCUAAAGUCAUUGCAAUUGCGGGUGGCCCCAAAAAGGUUAGGUAUGUAGAGUCUUUUGGUGACCAAGUAGUUGGAGUUGACUAUAAAGAUCCAGAUUUUGAAUCCAAAUUGUUAAAAGCUUGUGGUGGCGAAAAUACAGUCGAUUAUUUCAUUGACAAUGUUGGAGGGGAAAUCCUAGAUUUCAGUGUCAAAUUACUAAAGCCUAUGAGUAUGAUUCUUGCCUGUGGCUCUAUUAGUGGAUAUAAUGAUCCAAGUAAGUUUGUCUUCAAGAGCUACAUGGGUGUUCUUACCAAGAGAUUGAUUAUUAAGGGUUUAUUACUGACCGAUAAUGCUUCAGAAUAUCCACAAGCUUUCCAGAAGUUAGCUGCAUUGAUUAAAGAAGGUAAACUUAACGUUUCUAAUUCUGCCACAAUCAAGGAUGCUACUGGAGAGAAUUUUAAAGAUGUUCCUUUGAUCUGGAAUGGGUUAUUCUCCGGUAUCAAUAAAGGAAAAUUGAUAACUAAAAUAAAUGAUGAAUGA